AUGGGAGAAUCCGUCUGUCUUAUGAGAUCCUUCUCGCAACCUGCAGAGAUUUCAUCGCGUGAAACUAACGAGGUGGUGAAUCCGCAUCGCGUACUCACGGAAUCAGUAUCGUUCGGUAGAUUUGCGUCAGAGACUCUACAAUGGGAGAAAUGGUCAGCUUUCACUCAGAAUCGUUACUUGGAAGAGGUCGAGAGGUUCACAAAACCUGGUUCUGUGGCAGAGAAGAAAGCUUUCUUCGAAGCUCACUUCAAGAGCCGAGCUGCUGCUGGGAGAACAACAAAGACGAAGAUCGAACAAGUAAAUGUCAAAACCAGUGAUGAAGCUCUGUGUGAAGUAAAGAAAGAUAAGCUCAUUGAUUCAGAAGAAGUAUCACUUGUGGUGAAUGAAGUCUCUAAUCCUGAGGUGGUGGACUCUGUUGCUCCAUCAACUUCUGUGAUAGAUGAAACAAACGAUGUUCAAGCUGGUGAAGUGAAGGUUACUACUGAGGAGAAGUUUGAUUCAAUGGCUCUUGAUGAGGGAAUUUCUACUUCUAUGAGCAAAGAAAGGCGUCCUAGCUCUUCAGGAUCAAAGGCUUCAAAACCUGAACCAUCCUUUGUUAUAGGACUUGAUCUGCCACUUAAGAAAACCAGAAAAGAGCCAUCCUCAAGUAGUAGAAGGACAGUUCGUGGAAUCAGAAACCAAAACAGAUCGCCUCUUGAACCAAUUCACAUGUCAAUCAACUGUGCUCCGUCGGAAGAGAAAAGUACCGGGAAGCCCCAAAACGGUUUGAGAAGCAGUGCCAAUGCUAAUAAGGGUGCAGUGAAAGCAAACAAGAAGGAGAGAUCGUUUCCAAGUUCAGUUCACAUGUCACUCAACCUUGCUUCUUCUGCUCAAAAACCAGCCCCAAGAAAACCCACUACACAGGAAACAGCUCCAACAAAUGCUAGAAACAGUGUUUUCUCAAAUGAAAACGAACCAACGGGAGCUCCAAAAAGCCGCAAGAGACCAUUGCCUCCUCGAACAGCCAAAGAAGGUUCUAAAGCUGCAAAAUGUUCAACCAGAGCCUCUGCUCUCAGGUUACCUGAAAUUCCUCCUCCUCCCAAUAAUCAGCUACCUGAAAACAAAAGGAGAAACAUUACAGUAGGUAGCUCAGUUUCAAGCAGAAUACCCAACAAUGUGCAAAGACAGCCUUCUCUCGGUGAAAAUCUUUCAACUCAAAGCAGAACCAGAGCAAAGUCUUUCACUGUAUCUUCUCCUUUCAACUUCAGAAGUGAUGAGAGGGCAGAAAAGAGGAAAGAGUUCUUCAAGAAGCUAGAAGAAAAGAACAAGAAAGAGGAUGAUGCUACGAAAGAGCAGUUGUCUUGUGGCUUCAGAUCUGUGACUCUUCGAAACAAAACUGUAACAAAAUUCCAUGGCAAUGACAGAGCAAAAGAUCUCUCCUUUUCUCCUUCUUCUUCUUCUUCCUCUUCUUCUUCUGUCUGUCGUCGAACAGAGUUUCUCUGA